GCUUCAGCCCCAACGCGAGCCACGGCCGGAGCCGAGAGCGGGGCCGGCGCCGGCGCUGGGCGUCCCUGCUGCAGAACCCAGCCCUGCUCUGCAGAGUAUGCUGCUUGGAGAUGACCAGCAAAAGGAAGCUGAUCGGGCGCCUGGUGCCGUGCCGGUGUUUCCGCGGCGAGGAGGAGAUCGUCUCCGUGCUGGACUAUUCCCACUGCGGCCUGCAGCAGGUGCCAAAGGAGGUCUUCAACUUCGAGAGGACCCUGGAGGAGCUCUACCUCGAUGCCAACCAGAUUGAGGAGCUUCCCAAGCAACUGUUCAACUGCCAGGCCCUGCGCAAGCUGAGCAUCCCCGACAACGACCUGUCCAGCCUCCCCACGUCCAUCGCCAGCCUGGUCAACCUCCGUGAGCUCGACAUCAGCAAGAAUGGAAUCCAAGAUUUCCCAGAAAACAUUAAGUGUUGUAAGUGUUUAACAAUAAUCGAAGCCAGCGUCAACCCCGUGUCCAAGCUGCCAGAUGGCUUCACACAACUUCUAAAUUUGACCCAGCUCUAUCUAAACGAUGCCUUUUUGGAGUUUCUUCCAGCUAACUUUGGAAGACUUGUCAAAUUGCGAAUUUUGGAGUUAAGAGAAAACCACUUGAAAACUCUACCAAAGUCAAUGCACAAGCUGACCCAGCUGGAGAGGCUCGAUCUGGGCAAUAAUGAGUUCUCUGAGCUGCCUGAGGUUCUUGAACAAAUCCAGAAUCUGAAGGAGUUGUGGAUGGACAAUAAUUCCUUGCAAGUGCUACCUGGGUCUAUAGGGAAGUUAAAACAGCUCGUGUACCUGGAUGUGUCCAAAAACAGGAUCGAGACGGUCGACCUGGACAUCUCGGGCUGUGAGGGGCUGGAGGAUCUCCUCCUCUCCUCCAACAUGCUGCAGCAGCUGCCAGAUUCCAUAGGAUUGUUGAAGAGACUGACAACCCUGAAAGUGGAUGACAACCAGCUCACCAUCCUGCCCAAUGCCAUUGGAAACCUGUCCCUGCUGGAGGAGUUUGACUGCAGCUGCAACGAGCUGGAGUCGCUGCCCUCCACCAUCGGGUACCUGCACAACCUGCGCACCCUGGCCGUGGACGAGAACUUCCUGCCAGAGCUUCCCAGAGAGAUUGGGAGCUGUAAGAACGUGACUGUGAUGUCCCUGCGCUCCAACAAACUGGAAUUUCUGCCUGAUGAGAUUGGCCAGAUGCAGAAGCUGAGGGUGUUAAAUCUGAGUGAUAACAGACUGAAGAAUUUGCCCUUCACUUUUACCAAACUCAAGGAACUGGCAGCCUUGUGGCUUUCUGACAACCAGUCCAAGGCGCUGAUCCCGCUGCAGACGGAGGCGCACCCCGAGACCAAGCAGCGCGUGCUCACCAACUACAUGUUCCCGCAGCAGCCCCGCAGCGACGAAGAUUUCCAGUCAGACAGUGACAGCUUUAACCCCACUCUCUGGGAGGAGCAGAGGCAGCAGAGGAUGACUGUGGCCUUUGAGUUUGAGGACAAGAAGGAAGAGGAGGAGAAUCCAGGGAAAGUCAAGGUGGAGAUAAACCUCAAGCGUUACCCCACGCCCUACCCCGAGGACCUGAAGAACAUGGUGAAGUCAGUGCAGAACCUGGUGAGCAAACCCAGCCUGGGCGUGCGGCCCGAGAGCGCGGCGCCCGCCGCCAGCACCGACCCCACGGGCAAGGACAAGUACGAGCACAAGUGGCCCCUGACCCCCAAGGAGAUCUCCGUGGAGGUCCAAGCUAAAGAAACCAAAGAGCCCCCCAAGAGCCCCCAGCCUGACCCUGAGCUCAGCCCGAAAUCACCUCUGGAGGCCCCGGGCAGGGAGGAGAGAGCCCAAGGCUCAGAGGUACAGGCUCAGGUGGAGAGACUCACCUUGUGCUCUGCUCUGCACCCACACAGAGCCCAAGGCUCACAGGAUGCCUUUGGACACCCCGCCAGCGAGAUGAGGAUAGGGGAGCUCCGUCCGUCCAUGCCCGAGACGCCGCUCUACCCGCCCAAACUCGUCCUGCUGGGUAAAGACAAGAAAGAGUCGACAGAUGAGUCUGAAGCAGAUAAGAUCCAUUGUCUGAAUAACAGCGUUUCCUCAGGCACUUACUCAGACUAUUCCCCUUCCCAGGCUUCCUCAGGGUCCUCCAACGCGCACGUAAAAAUGGGCUCCCUGCAGACCACGGCUAAAGAAGCAGUGAAUAACUCUUUGUGGGGGAACAGGCUGGCCCAGUCGUUCCCACAGCCCCUGGAGACCAAGCCAUUGCUGAGCCAGCGGGAAGCGGCUCCGGCCGGGACCGUCCCGGCGCGCCCGGAGCGGCGCCCGCUGAGCGACGCCUUCGCCGACAGCUGGAACGACGGCUCCCACUACGACAACACGGGAUUCGUGGCCGAGGAGAGCGCGGCAGAGAACGCCGGCACCAACCCCCUGCUCAGCACCAAAUCCAGGAGCUCCUCCGCCCAUGGGCGCCGGCCGCUGAUCCGGCAGGACAGGAUCGUGGGCAUCCCCCUGGAGCUGGAGCAGCCCGCGCUCAGAAACACACACGACUCUGAAGUGCCUCCUCCCAACCCUUGGCAAAAUUGGACCAGAACUCCCAGUCCUUUUGAAGACAGGACAGCUUUUCCUUCCAAACUGGAAAGCACCCCCAACACCAGCCCUUUGCCCGAGCGGAAAGAUCACGUCAAGGAGUCUCCCGAAAUGACGAGCACUUUCACUCCAGGAAUCCCAUGGGAAUACCACGACCCCAACGCUAACAGGAGCCUCACAAACGUCUAUUCCCACGUGCACUGUCGCCCGGACCCUUCCAAAAACGUCAUCUCCAUCAGCAAGAGCACGGAGCGGCUCUCCCCCAUGAUGAGGGAUUUAAAAACGAACAAGUUUAAGAAGUCGCAGAGCAUCGACGAGAUCGACAUCGGUGCGUACAAGGUGUACAACAUCCCCCUGGAAAACUAUGCAUCCGGGAACGACACCGUGGGCCCCCACGAGAGGGUGGACAAGCUGCUGGGCCCGGAGCACGGCGUGCUGAGCAUGUCCCGCAGCCAGUCCGUGCCCAUGCUGGAUGACGAGCUGCUGACCUACGGCAGCGUCAAGGUGCAGCCGCAGCACAAGGCGUCGGUCACCAAGAAGGUUUAUCAGUUCGACCAAAGCUUCAACCCCCAGGGCGCCGUGGAGCUCCCGGCCGACAAGCGGCUCCUGCCGCCCUUCCAGCUCAACGCCGAGUACCUGCCCCAGCCGGCCAAGAGCUUGCCCCAGGAGCUGGUGAGCCCGCGGGGCUACCGCGGCUACGCGCCCGUGGAGCCCAUGUUCUCCUUCUCGCAGCCCUCGGUGGGCGAGGAGCCGGCGGCCACCCCGUUCACCGGCCCGGCCACGCGCCCCGGCUUCCUGCGCAGGGCAGAUUCUCUGGUCAGCUCGGCGGAGAUGUCGGUGUUCCGCAGGGUGGGCGAGCCCCAGGAGCUGCCCCCCGGGGCGGACAGGUACGGCCGGGCCCCGUUCCGCGGCGCCCCGGAGCGCCAGGGCAGCAUGGCCGUGCCCGAGGCCCAGUUCCUCAAGCGCAACGGGCGCUACGAAGACGAGCACCCUUCCUACCAGGAAGUGAAAGCCCAGACUGGGAGCUUCCCAGUUAAAAACCUCACGCAAAGGAGGCCCCUGUCGGCACGAAGCUACAGCACAGAGAGCUACGGCACGGCCCAAACGCGGCCGGUCUCAGCGAGGCCCACCAUGGCAGCUCUGCUGGAAAAGAUUCCGUCAGACUAUAACUUGGGUAACUAUGGCGACAAGCCUUCCGAUAGCAGUGAUAUAAAGCCGAGGCCUCCCCCUGGGAAGGGAAAUGAGAGCUGUGCUAAAAUGCCCGCUGACUGGAGACAACAGCUACUUAGACAUAUAGAAGCUAGAAGGUUAGACAGGAGCGCUGCUUACAAACACCACACAGUUAGCCUUGGCAUGCUGCACUCUGGAGGGGUUUCAGCCAUGCAUGCCGGCCGAAGCAUGACUUUAAACUUGCAGCCUAAAUCUAAAUUUGAAAACCAAAUGCUUCAAGAGCUACCUCUACCGAAAACCCCGUCGCAGCAGAGCAGCCUCCUGGACAACGGGCAGGACGAGGUGGCCGUGGGCAGCCCCUGGAACCCCUACCCGCUGGGCCGGCGGGACGUGCCCCCCGACACCGUCACCAAGAAGGCAGGUAGCCACAUCCAGACGCUGAUGGGCUCGCAGAGCCUGCAGCACCGGAGCCGGGAGCAGCAGUACGAGGGCGGCAUGAACAAGGUGACCAUCCAGCAGUACCAGCCCCCGCUGCCCAUCCAGAUCCCGUCCUCGCAGGGCUCCCGGGCCCCCCAGCCCCAGCGGUGCCUCAUCCAGACCAAGGGCCAGCGCAGCACCGACGCCUACCAGGAGCAGUUUUGUGUGAGGAUAGAGAAGAAUCCUGGCCUUGGCUUUAGUAUCAGUGGUGGAAUAAGUGGACAAGGAAAUCCAUUCAAACCUUCUGAUAAGGGUAUCUUUGUUACUAGGGUUCAGCCUGACGGCCCCGCCUCCAGCCUGCUCCAGCCCGGAGACAAAAUCCUGCAGGCCAACGGACACAGCUUUGUACACCUGGAACACGAGAAGGCUGUGCUCCUACUGAAGAGUUUCCAGAACACAGUAGACUUAGUUAUCCAACGUGAGCUUACUGUCUAAAUAUUUUUUUAUAAAUAGUAAAUAUGUCUAGCCAGAUCUAAUGUUCAAAAGGAUUUAUACAUAGGAAACCAAUUUUUUGCCAAUUGCUGGACCAAUGGCAAACGGUAGUGCCAAAUGUAUAAUACUCUAUGUUAGUACCAAUCAUCGGGAGAAAAUAUAAGAAUUAACUCUAUAAAUAUAUUGUUCAUGUGGCUCCGUAUUAGUUUUACUUGUCAGCCUCUGGCUGUGCAUUGGUGCGUUUUUUUAACCAAGUUCCUUCUUAAAAGUCAAUUUCAUAUGAUUUCAAAACACAGAAGCACAUACAAAUCCUUUAGGAAUUCUGCUGUCCAUCAGAAACACUGCCUCAAAGUUGUAUAUGCCUUUAUAAAGAUGAAAUAUAUUAACCUGUACUUCCCAUGAAAUAUUUCUAUCAUGUCGCAUACGAAAGUAUAGAGAAGAAAAUAUUUUCAUAAACACCUCAAAGAAAGUAUAUAUUAAAUUAAAUUUAAUAAUGUUCAUUUAUUUUCAAUGCAAAGAUAUUCUAUGCCUUAUGAAAAUACCUGUACAUAUGCCGUGUGUAUAGCUGGCUCCGUAGGGAUCAGGAACAAUUCACUACACAGGGUGAGAGACUUCUCCAGCUGUAACUCUGGGACCUCGGGACAAGGAGCCCGCGUGGGAAUGGGACAGCUCCCUCUGGAGUGGGUGAACAACUCCCUCUGGAAUGGGAUAGCUCCUUCUGGAAUGGGAUAGCUUGUUCUGGAAUGGGAUAAAUCCAUCUGGAAUGGGAUAGCUUGUUCUGGAAUGGGAUAGCUCCUUCUGGAAUGGGUGAACUCAUUGUGGAAUGGGAUAGCUCCUUCUGGAAUGGGAUAGCUCCUUCUGGAAUGGGUGAACAACUCCCUCUGGAAUGGGAUAGCUCCCUCUGGAAUAGGUGAAUUCAUUCUGGAAUGGGAUAGCUCCUUCUGAAAUGGGGUAACUCCCUUUGGAAUGGGAUAUCUCCCUCUGGAAUGGGUGAACUCCUUCUGGAAUGGGGUAACUCCCUUUGGAAUGGGAUAUCUCCCUCUGGAACGGGGUAACUCCCUUUGGAAUGGGGUAAAUCCCUUUGGAAUGGGAUAUCUCCCUCUGGAAUGGGUGAAAUCCUUCUGGAAUGGGGUAACUCCCUCUGGAAUGGGUGAACUCCCUCUGGAAGGGGGUGGCUCCCUUCAGGACAGGUUAACUCCCUUUGCUUUGGCUCUUCCCUCGAUUCCAUGUGCACACACUACAGGAGAACACCGAGGACAGGCAGGUUUGGCUCACGGAUGGAGGAAGGUUGUGAUGGUGGCAGUAAAACUCCUUUUGUUGCUGCUAAUUUAACUCGUUAAUUUUUCAUUUCAGACUCCCCAUUGACAUUGUUGUGUAUUUUCCCCCCUGCUCCAGGCCCUGCUCGGGAUAUUCCCAUGGGUGAGGCUUUCUGGGAUCCUGGGCUGGGUCCUGGGAAGGGAUGGGCACAGACACAUCCCAGGAGCUGCAGGUGACCCCAGACCAGCCCAGCAGGAGCAUUCCCAGCAGAGGGCCAGGGACAGCCCCUCGUGUCCAGGUCCUGGGGCUGUUCCCAAAGCCCAGACCGUGCCCAGCUGCUGCUGCUCAGGGGUGCCAGGGUCCAGCCUGGUUAUCCCUGACAGCAAAGUGGGAAAACACAGGGAAAGCCCUGCAGGGGAUUUCAGGGGAUCCCAGUGCCCUGGAGCAAUGGCCAGGGGCUGAGGGACAGCUGGCUCUGGGAUCACCUGCACCAUUCCCACCCAAAAUCCCACAGCCCAGGGUGCAGCCACAGCCCACGGGGAUGCUCCCCUUCUCCAAGGAUUCCCAAACCUUCUCUCUCUGGCUGUGGGACCUGGGCAGCUGCAGGCCCAGGGAAGCCCCCACCCCUGAUAAUUUGCCAUUUUCCCAGUGCCAGCUCACAGUCCCUACCCAGGUGAUGGCAAACCAGGGAAGUUCUCAGCCAGUUGUUCCCAACAGUGACCAUUUAACAUCCUCAAAUCCGGUUUCAUGUUUUCCAAGGUAUUUUUUAGCACAUCCACGUCUGCAUCUGUGUUUGGUGGCAGUGCCAGCCCUGGGAGGGGACAGGGGGCUCCACACAGGGAACAGGCAGGACAAGGCUGAGGGUGAUGGGGCAGCUGAGAGCAGAGCCAAGGAAAUCCAGGAAAAAUCUGAGCAGGAAAUGUCCAGGAGGUUGGUUUGCUGUUGGUAGUGAGCACUUGGAGUGUAAAGAUGUUAAACCCCUUGGUUAAAGCCCUUUCCAGGGCCUGAAGGGGCUCCAGGAGAGCUGGGGAGGGACUUGAGACAAGGCAUGGAGGGACAGGACACAGGGAAUGGCUCCCACUGCCAGAGGGCAGGGAUGGAUGGGAGAUUGGGAAUUGGGAAUUGUUCCUGGCAGGGUGGGCAGGGGCUGGAAUAGAAUUCCCAGAUUUGCUGUGGCUGCCCCUGGAUCCCUGGCAGUGCCCAAGGCCAGGCUGGACACUGGGGCUGGAGCACCUGGGACAGUGGGAGGUGUCCCUGCCAUGGCAGGGGUGGCACUGGGUGGCUCUGAGGUCCCUUCCCCUCCAGCCCAUCUUGGGAUGCUGGGCCCCCUUUGGGAUGCUGGGACCCCUCUCUGCUGGAGUUCAGCACCGAUUACCUGAUGCAAUCAGAGGUGCCUCUGCACAGAGCUCUGGGGGGAUGCAAGGACAGGGAAUGCAAACCCAGGGCAAUGAACCCCCACAAUGGGAUCAGCUGAGGGCAGGGCUCGGGGGAGGCCCCGCUCCCAGGGGAUCAGAGUGUUUAUUCUGUUUGUUCCCAGGAGCUGCCCUGGAUGAGGGAUGUCCUGCUGGGCCCCCUGGCCAGGCAGAGCCUGUCCCACAGCAGCAGGGCCGGGGACAGGUGCCCAGAUGGCUCAGGGGGUGACAGAGCUGCGGGGUCAGCACCCACCCUGGCAGGGUUUGGCCAUAGACAAACACAGCAAGUCCCACCUCAGCCCGAGGAAGAAUUUCUUUCCCUGGGGUGGCAGGGCCCUCUGGGGACACCCCAACCCCACCCCGUCCCCGAGUCCCCUGCCCCAGGCUGGGCUGGAUGGUGCCCAGAGGUCCCUGCUGUGAUUCUGUGAACUGGUGGCACGUCACAGUUAGAACUCCCAAAGGAAACUGGGGAUGCUGUGCCAGCGGGAGCUCCCUGCCCGUGCCCGUCCCUCGCCAUCCCUCUGCAAGUGCCCGGCUCCAGGCUGUCCCUGGCAGGCAGGGCAGGCCCCCGUGCCCACACAGCUUCCUGGGCAGCAGCUUGGGCAGGACACGGACCCAGGGACCCACGGGGAGCUGGCCUGGCCCUGGAGCCACGGGUGGGCACAGCUGUGGUGCCGCUGGGGCCAGGCCUGCAGGGCACCACCACCCAACCCCAAAUGGCACCGUUUGCAAAUCGCAGAAUUUCAAACCAAAAAAGAAAAUGAAACCCCAAAAAAAGCUUUUUGCCAAUCCUCUCCCUGGCUGAUUCCAGCUGAUCUAGUGGAAGUGACUGACUGGCACCAGUCCGGGCACUCCUGGCACUGCCCUGUGUCCCUUGGGUGGCGGUGGCUGUGUCCCCUCCCUCCUCCUCCUCCUCCUCCUCCCCGGGCAGGGCACUCUCAUCACUUCGGUUUUCUACCUGUGAGUACUGUAUCCAGUUCAGAACCAACAGCUUCCUUUAGUAAAGAUUUUACCAUUUUAUAAAAGACAUGUUUAAUUAUGAUGGAGAUGGCUGUAUUGUAAUUAAUAUUUUGAGAUAAUUGUGAUUUUGAGCUUAAAUUAUAUACAGAAAUGGUCAUUUUUGUAUGUGUUCAAAGAUUGCUAUAUUCCAGAUGACUGUACUUUUCAGUUGAAUUCCAGUAUCCAUGUAAAUAAAGCUGAAUGAGGAAAUAUUUACUACUUUAUUAACAUAGAUUGUGAAUGUACUUCAUGUUUUUUGCAGUAUAAAGACUUACUGAACUUGAAAGCUGCUUCAUUUUAUGUGCAAAAAGGUACUUCAAAAAUUCUAUUUUAAAUCUAUUGAUUGAGUGCAAUCAGCUCCUGUCCCCUGGCACACGCAGGUUGUCCCCUCCCCGUGCCCUGGAGGGCCUGGCCCGUGCUGUGGGGCUGCUGCACUUGGCAGCUGCUCUGCAAAGAGGGAGCCCAGGGACUGAACCGAUGCUGUGCAGUGCAGCAGAGCCAUUUUCGGCUUUGCUGUACCCACCUUUUUCAGUAUUUCCAAGAAAAAAAAGUGUUUUGAAUAACAUUAAAAAGUCUCUUUAUUGUAUAAAUAAUAAAAACGUCACCUUAUUGUAA